AUGGACCUCCUGGCAGUUGAGCAGGGACCCGGGCGCUCACUCGUAGGGGGCAACGGAUGCUUCAGUGCCCGCAAAUGCCUGACCCACACCCGGCCUGGUCUCGCCACCGCCGACCCGGGCCCCUGGCCUGUGGCUCUCAUGAUGCGGGCCUUGCAAGGUGCGGCUGUGGACAAACAGGCCUCGGGAGACAGCAGCAAGGUGACCACCGUGGUGGCCACGCCCGGCCAGGGCCCCGAUCGCCCCCAAGAAGUCUCCUACUCCGACAUCAGGGUCAUCGGCAACGGGUCAUUUGGGGUCGUCUACCAGGCCCGGCUGGCGGACUCUGGAGAGCUGGUGGCGAUCAAGAAGGUGUUGCAAGAUAAGCGGUUCAAGAACCGGGAGCUCCAGAUCAUGCGGAAGCUGGAUCACUGCAACAUCGUUCGCCUGCGGUAUUUCUUCUACUCGAGCGGGGAGAAGAAGGACGAGGUUUAUCUUAAUCUAGUCCUGGACUACGUGCCCGAGACGGUCUACCGAGUGGCCCGCCACUUCACCAAAGCCAAACAGACCAUCCCCGUCAUCUACGUGAAGGUGUACAUGUACCAGCUCUUCCGCAGUCUCGCUUACAUCCAUUCCCAAGGCGUCUGUCACCGGGACAUCAAACCCCAAAACCUGCUUGUGGACCCCGACACGGCAGUACUGAAGCUGUGUGACUUUGGCAGCGCAAAGCAGCUGGUCCGGGGAGAGCCCAACGUCUCCUACAUCUGUUCUCGCUACUACCGUGCCCCGGAGCUCAUCUUUGGAGCCACGGAUUACACCUCCAACAUAGAUGUCUGGUCUGCCGGUUGCGUUCUGGCGGAACUGCUGCUAGGGCAGCCGAUAUUCCCCGGAGACAGCGGAGUGGACCAGCUGGUGGAAAUCAUCAAGGUGCUGGGGACCCCGACACGAGAACAGAUCCGCGAGAUGAACCCCAACUACACGGAGUUCAAAUUCCCCCAGAUCAAAGCACACCCCUGGAUAAAGGUAUUCAAGCCCCGCACGCCGCUGGAGGCCAUCUCGCUGUGCAGCCGGCUGCUGGAAUACACGCCCGCCACCCGCCUCUCCCCGCUCGAGGCCUGCGCCAACAGCUUCUUCGACGAGCUGCGCGAGCCCAACACCCGGCUGCCUAAUGGACGCGAGCUGCCCCCGCUUUUCAACUUCAGCCCCGUGGAACUAUCCAUCCAGCCAUUGCUCAACCCCAGCCUCAUUCCGCCACACGUCCGGUCCCAGGCUGGCUCAGUGGGAUCCGUGCCUGGCUCCACGACUGCACAAAAUGAAGGGAGAUUGGGAAGCGACAGGAGCCAGGUGACGCCUGGAGACGGCGCAGGACCCAUCGCCAACACGUCCUGAGGGGCUGCCGGGCCAGGGGGGCAGGCCCCUCCACUCUCCCCCACCCCCCCAGGCCACCCACAUGGACUUCUCUGAACUGUGAACGGUGGGGGAAAGCGACCGCAGCCCAGGAGACCGCACGGAGCCUGCCUCCCGUUGGCCAAGGGGGAGGCCAGUCAGAGACGAGACGGCCGCUUGGACGGGAGGGGGGACGUUCCCGUCUCCCCGGAUCACUUGCCACGACUCCCUCCCACGUGGCCCCACGAUGCCUUGGCACGGGGAGAGGGCAGGGGGAACUCCCAUGGUUUUAAGGGCUCCCUUUUCGAAAAAAAGCAGUUCAGGCUGGUGCCUCCGGGAAGGGGGUAGAGAGACCCGAGGGCUGCCUGCGAUGCUUCCUCUCUUCCCCCCUCCCCCAGUACGUCCCAC